AGACCAGAAAUACGUGGAAUGCUAUUUUAAAUAAGCCAAAAGUGUAUUAUAAAAUUAAUUUAAUACUGCUUAAAUGAAGAGAGAGAAAAAGACAAGAAAAAAUCCAGCUGUUCAGACAUUGGUGAGUAUGUCUCACAAUCCAAGUCAGCCUUCCUCAUCAGAGUUGGUGGAACUUCAUGUUUUUUAUGUCCCUGAAGGAUCGUGGAACUAUAAGUUAAAUACUAUUUCAAUAGAAGUUAUUAACAAAUUUAUUUCUGCUGGAUUUAUAAGAGUAUCUCCUCAACUUACUUUACAAGCCCUGAGGUUGCGCCUUGGUGAGUUCCUUGGUGAAGAUGCUGUUGCAGAAAAAUUUUUAUUCCUGAAAUGCAUUGGAAAUAAUUUAGCUGUGGUGAAAGAAAAGCAAGAACCAGAACUGAAACUCAGAUCAUUUGCUCCUCCAUACGCUCUUCAACCAGAAUUAUAUUUGCUUCCUGUAAUGGACCAUUUAGGAAAUGUUUAUUCAGCAUCAUCAUCAGUUACUUUAGAUGGGCAGCAGACUAAUAGUGAUAUUGCUGAAAUUGAUGGAACAAUCCAUAGACCAGUUAGUGAAACUUUAUCAAAGGAAGAACUUGGAAAGGAUCCCAAUUUCUUAGAAAACACUUUGAAAGACCUUAUUAACACGAAUCAGGAAGAAGCUGAGGAAAUAGCUACUCCUAAAGAAAGCCCAAUUGUAAAAUAUCACAUUGGAAAUUCUGAGUUACCAGGAUCAUUGGAAAAUUCAAAUGAUUAUUUUACCAACAAAAAAAGUCAGUUUCUUUGGAAAAAUGAAGAAGAUACAACCAACAGUAGAAGACAGGACAGUCAGACAGGUGAAAAGGAUUGCAUCACCCUACCAGACCUUACUGAUUUUCCUUGUCAACCUGUUCUUUCUUCAGGAAUACCUGAUAUACCUCUAUUAAAGAUCGAGAGAGAGAAGAUUAUUGAGCAAAUGAAACAAGUAAAGGAAGAAAGAAGAUAUCUGGAAAGAAUUAGAGAUGAACUAAUAAAAAAAGUUGAAAAGCUGUUUGAUCAAAGCAAAGGGAAACGAUAUCAUGCUUUUGAUGGUUGGAAGAAAAAAUACUUGGAAACAAAAAAAGUCACCACAUCACUGGAAGAGGUUUUAACAAAACUUCGAGAUGAUUUGGAACUCUAUUAUAAAAAACUACUCAUGCAACUUGAAGCCAGGGAGAUCAAGAUGAGACCAAAGAAUUUGGCAAAUAUCACAGACUCUAAGAAUAACCUUAUAAUCCAGAUCACUGAAGUACAGCAUGCAAUUGACCAACUUAAAAGAAAAUUGGAUACUGAUAAAAUGAAACUCAUCAUAGAAGUUAAGAUGAGAAAACAAGCAGCUUCAGACUUACGAACACUGAAAGCUGAAAUGGCACAGAAGAAAACCAAUACAUCUUUAAAAUCUCAAUCAGGUAUGUUAAUUUAACUUAUUUGUUGAAAACUUUCAAUAUUUAUUUGAACAGAUUAAAUCUUGUUCUCCUUGUAGUACAUUAUAUAAAUAUUAAGAUUAAUGUAUCAGUUUAAAAAUAAAUUUUUWAAAAAUUCUAAGAUUUAUCUCUCUUUACUUUUCAUGUGGGUAUUACAAAGUGUUUCAGGAAAUACUAGAUGUAGCAUAAAGCUAAACAGUUGAUGUUUACUUUUGAAGAUUUCAAGUCUAUUACCUAUUAUUUUGCAGCACUAUAUUUUAUAAAUUUAAAAUUACUUUUUGUUAAUGAUAAAAUUUAAGAGCUAAUAUAACUAAAAUCUAAUUUCAAAGAAAAUACA